GUUGAUGGAGAUGAGCAGCUUUUCUUCUCCUCUCUCAAUCUGCUCUUUAUUCCCAUUUGUUUAUUUGUUUUUUGUUUGUUUGUUUGUUUAAUCUGCAUUUAGACUGAAAACCAGAAGAGCAGAGCUCGAGCUCCGGAGUGUUAUAUUUAUUUCUCUUCUCUUUGCUUUUCUCUUUCUCUCUCUCUUUUUCUCUUUUUUCCUUUUUCUCCUCAUAUUUUCACUUGUUUUAUUUGGUUUAUCUUUCUUAUUCCCUUUUUUCUACCUUUUUGUGGUUUUCUUUCUCUCCUUUUAUACCUCUGUGAUUCUCUCUCUCUCUCUCUCUCUCUCUCUCUCCUGGCUGUAGGGUGUGGAGCUCUUUGGCGAGUAUCACUUCCUUCACCAGGGGAUUCGCUGGCAGGGCAACCUGCUCCAGAGGAUGAAGUCUCACGAGGGAGAGCUAGUGAGGGAGAUCUCAAAGCUGCAGGCGAUGGUGCUGGAGCUCAGGUCUGGUUUCUCUCGCGCUCUCCUCGAAUUAAAUCAGAUUCAGCUCGGAGACACGGAGCUUCAGAACCAGCUGGAGGAGACGAGACACGGCUGUAACAAGCGUACACUACACCUGGAAACACUCGUUCUUACACUUAAGGAGGAACUGGAGGAGAUUCGCUGUCAGAUUCGUCAGCUGUGUGAUGAGCAGGUGAAGUCAGAACAGACGAACAGUAACACAGGAGCGCAGAGUGACAGUGCUCCAGGAUGUAGCGGUGUAAAGGAUGUUAGCAGCACUAAUGGAAUUAAAAAUGGUAAUGAGGUGACGGUAGCCCCGCCCCUUUGCACAGCAGGCGGAGCUCUUCUACUGCACUGCUACCUGCAGGGUCUGUGGGCGGGGCAUAACUCAGGUGAAAGUUCCUCUCACGUGAGUCUCAGAGGUGAAGGAGCUUCGAGCUGCACGCAAACAGGCAGACGUCAGCGUGUCAGUAUCUCACUGUUAAAGUCUGAGUGGGAUUAUUUCUCCAAACUCAACCUGCUUCAGGAGAAAUACAGAACCCCGUCCUCCAAUCACACUGAGACACAUAAGGUAUUUGUCAGACACGUGGAUGAGAUGCUGCAGCGCCACCUGCUGUUCAGAAACAGUCUGCAGGAGAAGCUGAGUGGUGACGAACAGAACCGUGCACUGGGAGACGCUUUCCUCAAACUCACCACACAGGACAACUCAGCAUUCUGUGAUGCGUAUCUCGGAUACACAGCCGCGCUGGCAACGAUCCUGACUACAGAGUUCAGCAGGGAUCCAACUGACAAACCACACAACACACAGGAGGAAGGAGAGAAGUUCAGACUGCUGUCACUGUUGUUAGCGCCGGUGACACGCCUACACACCUACCUGAACACUGUACAGGUGCUGCUGAGCUGCUCGAGCAGUGAACACUCAGACUGGCGCUCGCUACACAACACCAAUCAGGUGCUACGCAACCUUUACACUCGAUGUCACAUGACCCUUGAGAGGGCGGGGAGGUGGACCGACGGGGCGGGGCGACCAAACGAGGGGGCGGAGUCAGCGAACGGCCUCAGUAGCAGGUGUUGUUCUGAGAGCCCUGAGUGCGCUCGCUCCGCCUUCACCAAAUACCGCGCCAACGGACAUCAAAGAGAACCGCAUUACCUCACAGUGCCACGCCCCCUGCUGACCCCUGCUGGAAUCCUGCGGAACUCCCGUGAGCGUGUGUGUGAGCCGCCGCCCCCUGCUGGCUGGACGGAGAGCUGCGUGUGGGAUUUCCGUGCGGUGGAGUGCCGUCCGGUUCCGGCACGUCGUCCUCAGAACCUGUUUCUCAAUCCCGGUGCUCCAGGAGAACUUCCGGGUUCCAUCCCAACCCUGAAGUCCCCGUCGGGUUUGGCCGAGCGUCUGUGCGGUUCCCCCGGUCCGGACGGUCGAGUGUGUCGCUCGGACGCUUGCGCUCUGCCUCAGCGCAUCGACGACGCAGACACGGACGCGGACGUCGGCGACGCUUCGGUGUUCGAUUACUCGUCGGUGACGACGUGCAGCCCGGACGACACGCUAGAACUGCGGGGACGAGACGAGGACGAGGAGGACGACGAAGAGGAGGACAGCGAGAUUCCCGUCCUGUUAAAGCCGUCAUACACGCACACUCACACACACUCCGGCGGGGGCUCGCAGAGGGAGGGGAGUGUGUGUACACGCUGGCAGAUCCCCCGCGCCGCGCCUCUGCCUCCCGAAGUGUGUGUAGCGGGAUCGGGGACGGGACGACGGCCGGCUAACCACCGCCGCAAAAUCCCCACCAGAGCCUUCCGGCCGAUUUGGGACGCGCCCUUUAAACAGGGAGACGGAGCUCCCGCUAAAGAGAACACUGUGUCCUUCAGCUCGACGGAUCAGAUCAUAAAUCCACAGAGACCCACAGACUCAUCACGCUCUGUGUACAGGAGUGUGUGUGGUGGUGAAAGAGACGGACUCUGGAACGACAGCGAUGACAGCGAGGGUCCCUGCAGCAACGUCUAACACACACACACACACACACACACACACACACACUCUCACACACUCUCACACACUCUCACAUUCACACUCACAUGUGAACAGACUCUCACCUAAAACUGACCAAUCAGAAUCCAGGAAUCACUUGCAUCAUCAGGACCUUUACUGACUCCUCCCCUUGAUUGAGUGCCCUUGAUCGCCAUCAAGUGGACUUCACUGUGGACUCCAGGAGCACUGUUUACCCAGAAUGCACUGCUGCAUUCUCACGCUCCCGAUGAGUGAGUGAUGGAGUGAGCGCUUGUCGGCUCGGAGGUGUACUGUUUAUGUGGAUUGGGACGUAACCCACGCUGUGUGUGUGUGUGUGUGUGUGUGUGUGUGUGUGUGUGUGUCUCCACGGCCUCGUCCUAAUCCACACUAACGAUGAGUUAGUGCACUACAGCACGCUGUCCAAUCACGUCACACGGCAUCAGGACGACGCGGAUCUAAUCAAACCUCAUCUCUCCUCACUUCCUUUCUUUCUCCUUUUCUCUUUCUUUCCUCUCUGUUCUCUUCUUUCCUUUCUUUCUUUCUCCCUCUU